AUGGCUGGACAUAGGUCCGUUUGUGAUUCUUUGAAAAGGGAUCUUGUAGCUCACGGUCAAUCUGGCAUUAGACCCUCCAAGAAUAUUAGACUUGCUGAGGUUCAACGUGGUGGACCGCAAAAUUUGGGUUGCACUCCAAAAGAUUAUAGAAAUUUUAUUUUAAAGAGUAGGAAUUUUGAAAUGCAAGAAAGGGAUACACAGUCACUGCUCAACUUUUUUCAUGAAAUGGAGGUAAAGGAUAAGGAGUUUUUCUAUUCAAUAGACGCUGAUAAUAUUGGUAGGCUGCGAAAUGUGGUAUGGGUGCAUUCACACUGUAAUGCAGCGUAUGAGCAAUUUCAUGAUGCGAUAUGCUUUGAUAUGACGUACCUUGUGAAUCGAUAUAAUAUGCUAUGUGCUACAUUUAUUGGCAUCAAUCACCAUAGACAGUCCAUCUUACUAGGAUAUGCUCUCAUGUCUCAUGAAGAUAUCGAUAGUUAUAAAUUGGUUUUUAGAACUUGGCUUGAGGCCAUGGGAAAUGUUCAUCCAGAUGCGAUCAUAAUUCACCAGUGUCCUAGCAUUAAGUCAGCCAUUGCUGAAACUGGUAUGCUAUCUACGCAAAGAAGUGAAGGGAUGCAUGUGUUCUUUGAUGGAUAUACUACCCGUCAAAGUACUCUUAGGAUGUUUGUUCACCAGUAUGAGUUAGCUAUAAGAGCUAAGCAUGAGAAAGAGUUGGAAGCGGAAUACAGGUCAAAGGGCUUUCAAAUUGUGUGUGAGUCAUUGUUCAAGUGGGAAGAGCAGGUAAUUCAGUGUUAUACGCGUACAAUGUAUGAAGUUUUCAAGACGCAACUAAGGAAAGUAUAUCAUUGUGAAGACAGCAGCCCCGACGAUCAUCAAGUUGUCCCUGGUGUUGAGAAAUUCAUCGUUAGUGAUUAUUCAGUUGUACAAAGAAAUGGUGGAAAUCCAAUAGAGUACACUGUUUAA